UCAUGGAUACUAAAGCAUCAGUAGUGGAAUUUCAACAUUUUCUUAUAUUAUGGCAACUUCGAAAGUUCUAAGUAUUGUUUUCUUUGUGUUGUUGGGUUUAGGCAUAUGCUCUGCCGCUAGAACACUCCUCACCAUUGGUGCAGGUGUCCAUGGUGACAUUGGUGUAAGUGGAGGUGGAGGUGGAGGUUAUGGUGGUGGUGGAGGGAAUGGUGGUGUAGAUGGAUAUGGAGGAGGAGCUGGUGGAGGUGAAGGUGCAGGUGGUGGAUAUGGAGGUGCUGCUUUUGGUGGCGGCGGAGGAGGAAGUGGAGGUGGCGGUGGUGGUGGUGCGGCUCAAGGUGGUGGAUAUGGUGGAGGAGCUGGCAAAGGUGGUGGGGAAGGAUAUGGUGGAGGUGCAUCACAUGGCGGUGGUUAUGCUGGUGGUGGUGGAGGUGGUAGCGGUGGAGGAGGAGGAGGUGGUGCAGGAGGUGCUGGUGGUGGUUAUGGAGGUGGGGAAGGAGGUGGAGCAGGAGGUGGAUAUAGUGGAGAACAUGGAGGAGGAUACGGAGGUGGAGGUGGAAGUGGAGGUGGCGGAGGAGGUGGUGCUGGAGGGGCGAAUGGAGGCGGAUAUGGUAGUGGUGGAGGAGCUGGUGGUGGAUAUGGCGGUGGAGCAUCUGGUGGUGGUGGUGGUGCUGGUGGAGGUUCUGGUGGUGGUGGAGGUGCACAUGGAGGAGGAUAUGGUGGUGGUGCUGGAGGUGGGGAAGGUGGAGGGCACGGUGGAUAUUACCCCUGAGCUUAGAAUGAAAUUCAAUAUAAUGAAAGAAUACUUAACUCCUUUUAACUAUAAUAGUUACAAGAAUAAGAUAUGGUUAUGAGGAUGUUUAUAAACUACUAUUAAAAUUUAUCUUUGCAUGUACGUGAAACGUUGAAUGAAUGCAAAUUGUUGCUUUGAUCAUCAAGAAUGAGGUAUCACUUAAGCUCGUCGUUUUGUUUUGUUUUGUUUCAAGCAUGAUUGUUUACUGUGAAAUUGAAUGAUUGCAGAAUGAUAUGCUUAUAAUAUAAUGGUGUUAAUUAAUCUUCA